AGUGUUUAGUUAAUUGGACUAGGGUGAAAAAUCUCCGUCAUGCAUUUUGAUGAUUUGCUAAAAAUCCUUGGAGAACUCGGACGAUACCAACAGAUUCGUUUGUUUUAUAUAUAUUUGGUAGCUAUAGUAUGUGCCUUCCAUGCCAUGAAUAUGGUGUUUGUCAGCGCCAAACCAGACUAUAAAUGUCACGUUUCAAAAGCGAACGUUUCUGAUUGGAUUUUCGGUAAUACUACAGAGAAAGACUUCCAAGACUUUCUACAGAGCGCUGGAAAAUGUGAAAUCUUUGAUGAAAAAAUGGUAUCAAAACUUAUUUCAUCUGGAAAGUAUACGUUAAAUGAUAUCAUAACGAAUAAUGUCACGGUACCAAAGAAUAAAUGUACAGAGUGGGAUUAUUCAAGAGAAGUGUAUGGACCAACUAUUGUUACACAGUUUGACUUGGUAUGUGACAAAGACUGGUUGCGUAGUACAUCUAAGACUUUGUACUUCUUCGGCCGAUUGGUUGGAGCUGUAUGUUUUGGUCAGUUGUCAGACAUAGUGGGAAGAAAACCAACCUUUUUUGUCUGCCUGCUGAUGUUAUUAAUUGUUGGUUGUGUCGCCUCAGCAGCACCGAAUUUCUACGUCUUUAUCCCUUUCUACAUUUUACAAGGUGCAGCACAAACCGGAUUGUUUCUUGUGAUAUUCAUAAUGGGUACUGAGUUGGUUGGUCCAUCUUAUCGUAUGUUUGCAGGGUUUGUGAUCCACGCUUUUUACGCUAUUGGUUAUAUGACAUUAGCAGGUCUAGCAUAUGGCAUCGGCAACUGGAGAUAUAUUGAAUUGGUUAUCACAAUUCCGGUGGUGUUAUUUGUGCCUUAUAUUUGGCUGUUACCUGAGUCAGUUAGAUGGUUGUUAUCAAACCACAAAGAGGAAGAGGCAAAACGUAUAAUUCGAAAAGUAGCUGCGGCAAAUCACGUAGAGAUAAGCGAGGAGUUACUUGAAGACUUAACAAAACUAGAUGAAAAGUCAGAAACAGAAACGAAAGGUCGUAAAUAUACUAUUAUCGACUUAUGUCGACCUGGGAUGAUAUGUUUAUCUCUAAAUGUUUGGUUUAAUUGGCUUGUCAAUGCCAUGCUGUACUACGGACUGUCUCUAGGUACAGGUAAUCUAGGAGGUGAUCCCUACAUUAACUUUUGUAUUGCUGGUGCAGUAGAAAUACCUGCCUGCAUUAUGUGUAUCUUAAUAUUAAAUCCAUUAGGGAGAAGGAGACCAUUAUGUGCCAUCAUGGUCAUAGGAGGUGCUGCUUGUAUAGCGACCGGUUUCAUUGAAUUGAUUCCACUGAAAAUAACCUUAGCGAUGAUAGGAAAGUUUUGUAUAACAUCAUCAUACACAAUCAUAUAUUUGAUGGCAGCAGAAGUGUUUCCCACAGUUGUCAGAAACAUUGGUAUUGGAGUGUCUUCAAUGUGUGCCAGGAUAGGUGGAAUGUUAGCCCCACAAAUUCUAGAACUCAACAGAAUUUGGGGACCACUACCUUUAAUAGUUUUUGGGGGCUUGGCUAUUUUCUCUGGUGCUUUAGCCUUGUUGCUGCCUGAAACAUCAGGAAAGCCUUUACCUCAGACUUUAGAAGAUGUUAUUGGUACUGAAAAGAGAAAAGCUAAGUAUAGAGGAAUAAAAAUGAAAGAUUGUUCUUAGAAGACUGAAAAGAUUGAAGAAAAUACAGCGGACAAAUGUCAUGCAAACUGUUAAACAGACAAUUGUUUUAAAUUGUUUCACCUUUUAUCAUAAAUAUGUGAUCUUAUUAUAUAUGUAAUGAAAAUGACUACUUUGGUUACAUUUUUGAACCGAGUAAACGGAUUAAAACAGUUGUCUAUUUGGAUUUAAUUACGAGAAAGAUGUUUAGCUAUCCAUUAUACUGGCAUCAAAGAGUCAUCAAUUUCAGAAAGUGGAUAGCAGGCUUUUGCUCACUGCCACUGAUUUUUUAAUGAGGUUUCACUUGUGCUAGUAUUUAGCUGUUUCAGAUGUAUAGCAGGAAUCAUUACAGACCAUUCCUAAUUAUGAAUUAUGACUUAACACAGGCAAUCGAUUGUAUUGUUUGUAAUAGCUAUAUUGAGUCCAUUAUAACAGUGGGAAAUUAUUAACUGGUCUUUUAUCUGUUUAUAUAAUACAGGUAAUUAUAUAC